AUGGAAUGGGGUCGUCGCAAACGUGAUGAUUGUAGUGAUGAUGAGUUUGCAGAUUAUCGCCGUAAGAGAACCGCCGAAAUUAGGUUGGUCACGGUGGACAGGUUAAUGGUGGGGCUAAGUUUCCAGAGCAGUAGUUCCAUCGAGCUGAAGCUGGAGAACCUAUGGUACCUGCUGAGAAACAACAUCACCGCCGAGCUAAAGGGCCACAUCCUUACCCUGCUGGUAACCUGUGUGGGCGAGCAUCCCGGCCAGGCCAGUGCCUAUGCCACAUUUGUGGGUCUGAUGAACUUACUGGACUACGAGUUUGCCGCGGAAUGUGUAAAGGUCAUGAUGCAGAACCUCUACGAAAGCAUGUGCACUGGCGAGUGGUCCAAGUGCGUGGGAACAGUGCACUUCUUGGUGGACCUAUAUAAUUGCAAAAUGGUCACCGCGGACUCCUUGCUGAAAUUCCUCAAGAAUUUCAUUAAGGAGUGUGAGAACCAGAGAGACCCUGAAGAUGUGGUGGAUAGGGGACGUCGUGAUUGGCUGGCCUACUGCGUGCUAUCUGCCUUGCCCUUGUUUGGCGGUGAAAUGGAGCAGGUGAAUGGAUUCGAUGAUCUAAUGCUCACACUGCAGAUUUACAUCAAGAAGCGAUAUGCAGCGCAUACUGCCACAUUGAGUAUUUGGAGGGAUUUCAAGCAGCUGGACUGCUUGGAGUUGCUGUGGCAGCAAGUGGACGAUAUGAGGCAGGUUCAGUGGACCGAGCCGGAGCACCAAUUGAUUUCCAGACCCUAUCUGGCCUUCAUCGACACCUUGAGCCGAGCUCAGCAGCAUGUUUUGCCCUCCUUUCAGGUGGCUCCCCAUGAGCCGGGAUGCCGUUAUCCCCCUCCGCGUGUAUCCUUUCGCCUCUUCUCCUAUGACGCUAGUGGCGAGGAAUACCAAGUACCCUAUCCAAUGCGCAUAGAGCGACAUUUUUUGGAGGUCCAGGUCCGUGAUAUGUUGCACUCCUCUCACCUGGAUGUGAGGAAAUGUGCCGCCAGCCUUUUGGCCUACGCUGUCUCAAAGCCCCAGCUGACUGUUUAUCACUGCAUCGUGGAGGUGAUUCUGGGCGAGAUGCUACAGCUGCCCAAAUCCCAAUGGAUCACUAUCAACUACGGUGGUAUUCUGGUGGCUCUGUGCAAGGGCCAACCGGACCAGGUGCCCCAAAUUAUAGAGCAGGCCACGGACAUUCUCUUCAAUCGCUUGGACUCCAUGAAAGUGGCCUGCUUCGAUCGGUUGGUUAACUGGUUGUCGCACCAUCUAAGCAACUUCGGAUACACUUGGCAAUGGAAUAGGUGGUGUCAGAGUCUCCCAGCAUCAAUGGAUUCUAUUCAAACUAAUAUUGAGCCGAAAGUGGUCUUCUUAAGGGAAUUGCUAAAGAAGUGUCUCAGACUUUCGUAUCACCAGAAAAUAGUCGGAAUUAUUCCGGGUAUAAUGGCCCGCUUGCUUCCGCCGGUUUGCCUGCCGCACCUCAAGUUCGUCGACCAGUCGCACCCGGGUGCGACUUUGUCCGAGAAUCUCCUAGCAGCGAUGCGUAACCCGCAAUCGUGCCCCAAAAUGAUAUCCACUAUCAUAAGUGGCGCUACGGAUAUCGGCCCGAUGCUCAAGAUAGGGGUAUUUACCCAGAACUGUCUCCACCUGAAGUCCAAGUCCUUUAGCCACACUUUCGCAAUUCUCAGCAAAUACGAAUCGGUUUUUAAGGAAUUGUCUGCUGGCAAUUCAGAUCAGCAACAUACGAUUUUGGACGGAGUCUCGGAAGUGUGGAACGACAACGAGCACUUUCAAUUUGUGGUCGCCGAAAAGCUCCUAAAGAUGGAAUUGAUCGAGCCGUUGUUCUUAGUAUCCUGGCUUUUUGGCCCCCAGAACCACGAGAAACUCACCAAGAUGUACAUUUGGGAGAUGCUACACUCCACUGUGCGCCAUGUGAAGCGCGUCCAGAAAAAUAAGGCACCUGACGACUUGGAUUCGCCAGAUGGAAAGAAUAAUGCGGUUAGGACUUUGCUACUGGACAUUGUACAUCGCUUCCUAAAGGUCCUUUCUGCUCGCGCGAUAGGUGAGGGAUCCACUGAGAACUACUGGUUUAGCUGGGUUCUCGGCCGGCUGGAGGAGACUCUCUUCAUCUAUGCGGAUGACUUCAAGAAAAUGUCUGACAAGCUAAUCAAGAUCUUGAAGGAGUCGGACCUUAAGAGUGAAAUCUUAAAAACCGUUUAUGCCUUUCUUGCCUUGGAUAUGUAA